AAAACGCCUACUGUCCGAGGGCACUGACAGGGCGCGCGCGCGAAUCGCGAGUUUCUUUAUCAAAUCUAUAACCGGAUGUUUUGUAUCCAUCCCACCAAUAAAAAUGUGGUAUAUUCAAGCUGUUCGUCCCAUGAACCAAUUAGAAAUCGUUUUGUUGUAUUGCUACUCGUUAUACUUCCUGCUGUGGCCAUUUACGAUAUAUCACAACGCAACGAUGUCUCUUGAUGUGAACGCCGGUCUCUGUGUAGACAAAAACGACUUAAAUCCAAAUGAAACACUAAAGAUACCCGACAGACUUUUGAAAAGGGACCAGGCACGAUUGGAAGAGGUGGAAAGACGGAAAGACAUCAAGGAAAGCUCGUCAGUUGCCGAGGAAAACAGUGGCUUUUUCUUAACAACGUUCAACACGGAGAGGGAAUCCAUCGAAGUACUGCUAUCCACUUGUAACGGGGCAAAUCGUGAGGAUGCGUCAAAGGUUUUGGAAGAGGCUACCAUCAAAACACAACAGUUGCAAAAGUUUCUCAACGACAGCAUGGUGUUCUUGACCCCUUUCAAUCUGAGACAGGCUCAGGCAGCCUUGCAAGCCCUCCAGACAUCUCUGUCUGAACAACGAGAUGCAGUUCUGCCCAAAAAGAAGUUUGCCUUCAAAUCUCGCAACGUCAAAAGCAAAACGACGGUAUCCCCAUCCUCAUCCGUUACUGAGAUUCCCAAAGCGGACAAGGAUAGGGACACAGUCGUCGAUACAGCUCCGAUACAGUGUGCUUUUUCCAGCGCCGAGUCGCAGGUUUUGAUCAAGACCGCUGUCGAGAUUCAGCAGCGGGACGUGCUUCUGUCCCACCUGACGAACUGUAAGGUUCGGCUCCUCGGCUCGCCUAGCACUCUGCAUAUCAAACAUGUUCGUGAUUGUGAGAUUUUGUGCGGGCCAGUGUCGAGCUCGGUGUUUGUGGAUCAGUGUAGCGGCAGCACGCUCGCCUUUCCUUGCCAGCAGCUGCGCACCCACAACACUAAGGACACCCGAAUCUAUCUUCACGUCACUAGUCGCGCCAUCAUCGAGGACUGUCAAGGUGUCAGUUUUGCCCCCUUCACAUGGACAUACUCUAACCUUGAUGCGGAUUUCGCUGUGUCCGGGCUUGACAGGAAUAGAAACAACUGGGAUCAAGUGGAUGAUUUUAACUGGCUUGCAGCUGGCACCCCGUCCCCAAAUUGGACGGUCAUUCCGGAAAAUGACAGGAAAACCAGCUGGGAUGAGCUGCUUCCAGCUUCUGCUUAGAUCUUCCUCUCUGUGGUGGCUGUUUCAUCCUUAAUGUGGUGAACCAGGGGUGAAAUAAAUGAAUUUAAACUAUACGCUUGCACACCACAGAUCUAAAACAAAUUGCAUGACUUAUUCGGGUGUCGCUUAGGAGAACACUUGUCAAAUGGCAUAGUGUGGUUGUAGCCUACAUGUUUUCUAUUAAAUAGCAGACCUUAGGCCUACUUUUUCAAAUAUGGGUUUUGGGCAGCAUUAAAUGCACCUGCGUGCACCUGCCUACUUUCACCCCAGGGGAAAACACUCUGUUUUGCCCAUUCAGCUUCUGCUUAGAUAUUCCUCUUUAUGGUGACUGUUUCACCCUUAAUGUGGGGAAACGCACUGUUUUGUCAAUUCCCUUCAUCCACAACCCGCCUUAUAUUGAAUAUGCACUUUGCACUGUCUAAUUUUGUCCAAUGAUUUAUGUCGCAAGGGAGUGCAUAUGGAAAAUAAAUUAAAGAAAUGUAUCUGUA